UAGUGGUUGGAGCCAGGGCAGAGCGUGAGGGGAGCCGGCGCUGUCGUGGUUGCCUUUACUACUCGGGCACAGUCGAGCUGACUGGACUCUUCAAGGGGUCGCCAUCCCGAAGCUGCGGAAGCUUGGGUUCCCAGCCUGACGCGAACAGAGCCCGAGUCCCAGUCCCUGAGGGAAUCGCUCUCUGCAGACCAGUGGGACCCCGAAACUUGAACGCAACCCCCUUUUUCAAGCCUUUGUCACUUCCCCAGCUUUCUCCCAACGCGUUCUUUUUUUCCCCCCCUUCCUCUCCAUUCUCUCUUCUCCGAAGGACACAAAAGUGGCUUCCGCUGAAAGAUUAGGAGGCGGUGGGAGCUUUUCCCUUUGGAGAGCGAUUGUGUAGGAAGGAUUUUCGGGAAGCUGCUUUUUAACACCACUGCUCUUUGCUUUCCGAGCUUCCCUGUAACCCUCUGAGGUAAAAACCCCGUACCUUGAAAGUUCGGGGAUUUUUGUUGGGUGCUUUAGGAGGAGAGAAGGGGAGGACCUCGUCCUCAUCCCAGUAGUUUGGCUGGACUUGUACUGGCCGUUGGAAACCCCCAAGUUCAUUUCCGUGUGGAACUUUUGCAAAUAUAUAUUUAGAUUUUUAAAUAUCAGAUAAAAGAUAUAUAUGCUUUCUAUAUAUUUCCUGACGACCUGCCCCUGACAGCGCGAUGUACAAUACGGUGUGGAGUAUGGACCGCGAUGACGCAGACUGGAGGGAGGUGAUGAUGCCCUAUUCGACAGAACUGAUAUUUUAUAUUGAAAUGGAUCCUCCAGCUCUUCCACCAAAGCCACCUAAGCCAGUGACGUCAGCAGUUACAAACGGAAUGAAGGACUCUUUCGUUUCUCUUCAAGAUGCAGAGUGGUACUGGGGAGACAUUUCCAGGGAAGAGGUAAAUGACAAAUUGCGGGACAUGCCAGAUGGUACUUUCUUAGUUCGCGAUGCCUCAACAAAAAUGCAGGGAGACUAUACACUGACUUUGAGGAAGGGAGGAAAUAAUAAAUUAAUAAAGAUCUAUCAUCGGGAUGGUAAAUACGGCUUUUCUGAGCCCCUGACGUUUAAUUCUGUGGUGGAGCUCAUUAACCACUAUCACCAUGAAUCUCUCGCUCAGUACAAUCCCAAACUUGAUGUGAAGCUGAUGUACCCAGUGUCCAGAUACCAACAGGAUCAGUUGGUAAAAGAAGAUAACAUUGAUGCGGUAGGUAAAAACCUGCAAGAGUUCCACUCUCAGUACCAGGAGAAGAGUAAAGAGUACGACAGGCUGUAUGAAGAGUACACCAGGACGUCACAGGAAAUACAAAUGAAGAGAACUGCCAUUGAAGCCUUUAAUGAAACGAUUAAAAUAUUUGAGGAGCAGUGUCAUACCCAAGAACAACACAGUAAAGACUAUAUUGAGCGGUUUCGUCGAGAGGGGAAUGAGAAGGAGAUUGAGCGGAUUAUGAUGAAUUACGAUAAAUUGAAAUCCCGUCUGGGUGAGAUUCACGAUAGCAAAGUGCGUCUUGAGCAGGACUUAAAGAAACAAGCUUUGGACAACCGGGAAAUAGAUAAAAAAAUGAAUAGCAUCAAGCCUGACCUGAUCCAGCUGCGUAAGAUCCGAGACCAGCACCUCGUAUGGCUCAAUCACAGAGGAGUGAGGCAGAGGCGCCUGAACGCCUGGCUGGGGAUCAAGAAUGAGGACACGGACGAAGGCUAUUUUAUCAAUGAGGACGAUGAGAGCCUGCCGCAUUAUGAUGAGAAGACCUGGUUUGUGGAGGAUGUCAACCGAGUACAAGCAGAGGACCUGCUUUAUGGGAAGCCAGACGGUGCAUUCUUAAUUCGUGAGAGUAGCAAGAAAGGAUGUUACGCUUGUUCUGUGGUUGCAGACGGGGAGGUGAAGCACUGUGUCAUCUACAGCACUGCUCGAGGAUAUGGCUUUGCAGAACCCUACAACCUGUACGGCUCGCUGAAGGAGCUGGUGCUCCACUACCAGCAGACAUCCCUGGUUCAGCACAACGACUCCCUCAACGUCACGCUCGCCUACCCUGUCCACGCACAGAUGCCCUCUCUCUGCAGAUAAGCAGAGUGGAAGAGACAUGCUCUCCAGCAGUUUUUUCCUAUGGUUUUUAUUAGACUACGAUGAGGGCACUCUUUCGACGUAGACUGCUUGUUUUGCACAAGUGAUUCUGUGAAUGUGAAGUGGAGAGGCCAAGCAGUAGCUUGGAUUUGGAGAGAAAUGAGGGGG